AUGAUUUUUGGAGAUAUUAACGCAUGGAGAAGUAAAGCAAUCUUCAAACCAAGAUUCAACUCAGUAUUACCAGGUUUUUUACCAGCAGUUGGUUUAUUCACAGCAUACGUUAUCAUUGAAACAAUUAUGGAUAAUAAAAAAGAUACACAUGGUGAAAACAACCAUCAUUAA